ACCUGCUGGACAAACCAGUUUGUUAUACUCAGAUAUCGUUCCCCUAAUCUAUGUAAAUGAAACUAUUUGUAUGGGGGAAGGUAGCCUGCUGAGUUCACACAUCUAAUUCUGUUCUCAUCUGGAAAUGACACCCACACAGACACACCCAGAAACCAUGUCUGGCACAAAUGACCAGUCAGUGUUAACACACAAAAUUAACCAUCAAACUAAUUUUCCUGCUUCAUUUUGUAAGACUCUAAGGAUUAUAUGAUAAACUGCAUUAGAUGACAUUGUCCAACAAAUAACCCUCCUACAGUUUCCUCUUUUUCAACCUAUUUAGGAAAAGUCUCAUUUUAGCCAUAUAGCAUCCAGCUUCUGAAUGUCAGUGUCAAUGAACUACCCACUCUGUGAUCACCCCUCUGAUUGACAACCUGAGUGAUUUCAGAUUUGUUGAGCCAUUUCCUCCAACAUGACCUAAUAAGACAGACUGUCCAUAUUCACUUACUUCAGCUGGUGGACACAAGCCAGGGGAGAGCAUGCCAGUGUUAUUGCCUCAGGGGAGCCCUCAGUGUGGGUCUUCACUGGGGGAAAGGGGGUACUUUACUCCCUCCUCCUGACAGCUCCUUAAUAUGGAACAAGACAUGGUGAGUGUCUGAAAUUGCAUUGCUUAUGAAGCCUGAUUUUCCAAAGGAUUUAUUAUUUUGAAGAGACUUGAGCACAGCUUCUAGGAGAAGAGCUGAGAAAAGAAUAAAAUGUACUCACUGACCCAACAGGCUCAGGAGUAAAAGCCUUGUUUCCUCACAGUGUCCUAGGUAGACAUCUCUUACUGGUUUAUAGUUUCUCUCCUUUCUCACCCAUACUCCACCCUCUAGAAUUUAGCUUUCAUUUUCACUUGUCAUCUAUUAGAGAUCUUAGUGGAGGUCAGGCGCUGGUGUUUUGAGUGAAUCCUGAAUACAUCUGCCUGUCUUCACAAUUUCUGCAUUAGGAUGUGAGGAUUGCUGAGUGGUUUGUGGAGGGAAGAGUUUGAAAGACACACAGAAGAAAAAACGAAAUCUGCUUGGCAAUCUGUGAGCAAGAGAACCCACAGAAGUCAGGACAGGUAGGAGAAGGUGAGCAGGUGCUAUGGCUUCAGAAAAAUUGGUGAACCUACAGGAUGAGGUGACCUGCCCGAUUUGCCUGGAGCUUCUAACAGAACCCCUGAGCCUUGACUGUGGCCACAGUUUCUGCCAAAUCUGCAUCACUGCAAACAGCAAGGAGUCCCUGACUGGCCAAGAAAGGGCGAGAAAGUGCCCUGUGUGCAGAAUCAAUUAUAAAUCUGGGAAACUGCGGCCUAAUUGGCACCUGGCCAACAUAGUGCAGAGGGUCAAGGAGGUCAAACUGAGCCUGGAGGAGCAAGAGAAACAUCUCUGUGCUCACCAUGGAGAGAAACUCCUGCUCUUCUGUGAGGAGGAUGGGAAGGUCAUUUGCUGGCUUUGUGAGCGGUCCCAGGAGCACCAUGGUCACCCUACAUUUCUCAUGGAAGAGGUCGCCCAGGAGUACCAGAAGAAACUCCAGGCAGCUCUGGAGAGGCUAAAGCAGGAGCAGCAGGAAGCUGAGGAGUUGGAGUCUAACUUCAGAGAAGAGAUUGCUGCCUGGAAGAAUCAAACACAACAUGAGAGACAAAAUGUCCAGGCAGAGUUUAAAAAACUGAGAGAAAUCCUGGACAGUGAGGAAAGGAAGGAACUACAAAAGCUGAAGGCUGAGGAGACAGCUAUUCUGUGUACCAUGGCAAACUCUGAGAAUGAGCUGGUCCAGCAGAGCCAGUUGGUGAGAAAUCUCAUCUCAGAUAUAGAGCAUCGUUUGCAGGGGUCAACAAUGCAGAUGCUGCAGGAUGUAAAUGACAUCUUGAAAAGGAGUAAGACUUUGACUCUGAAGAAGCCAAAACCUGUUCCCAAAGAACAGAGAAGUGUGUUUCAAGCUCCUGAUCUGAGAGACAUACUGAGAGUGUUUAAUGGGCUGAGAUAUGUGCAACGCUACUGGGUUCACGUGACCCUGAGUCAUACAACAGGUAAUCGAAAUAUCGCCGUUUCUGCUGAUCGAAGACAAGUGACAUAUGUGUACAAAGACCAAGGAAAUAAUCCACGUUGGAAACAAGUUUAUGAAGAUUAUGGCGUCCUGGGAUCCCCAGUUAUCAAAUCAGGGAGACAUUACUGGGAGGUAGACGUGUCAAAAAAAUGUGCCUGGAUCCUGGGGGUAUAUGGUGAAAAACACGUUGAAUACAAUAAUACAAAGUUACCGCUUAAAGCUGAUGGAAAUCAUCAAAAUGUUUACUCGAGAUGCCAACCUAAAAAUGGCUACUGGGUCAUAGGGUUAAGUUAUGGUUCUGUAUAUAAUGCUUUUGAUGAGUCUUCCUCCUCAGAUCCCAUGGUCUUAACCCUCUCCCUGAGUGUUCCUCCUCGUCGUAUUGGAAUUUUUCUAGACUAUAGUGCUCGCACUCUCUUAUUUCUCAAUGUCACAAACCAUGGGUUUCUCAUCUAUAAAUUCUCUUCAUGUUCCUUUUCUCAAAAAAUAUUUCCGUAUUUCAAUCCUAUGACCUGUAAUGUCCCCAUGAAUCUGUGCUCGCCAAGCUCGUGAACCUUCUCACAUCCACCUCUCUGUAGUGCCUCUUACUAUGAGUGGAUCUAACACAUCUGAGCUUAUCUGCACCAUUUUUACCUUUUUUCCUUACUGCCUCCCCUUUCUUCCAUUCGAAUGUCCUUCAUUCAUCAAUAGGGUUUACAGUUUGCAUUGUGUCAUAUUUUCCACAAUAUCAUGUUUGCAUUAGGAGAAAAUCUGAAUUUACCAUUUUUCAUCCACCAAGGGAAAAUGACUGAUGCCCCAUAAAGAAAGAGUAGUAGCAAGGCAGCACUUCUGACAAAUUUUCACAAUCUUAUUUCCUCUGCCACUGACUGAGAUGAUGAAGAAAAGCUUCUCAAUAACUGUUGCGUAUUAUUGAGGACCUAUUGUAAGAGUCAUUCAUAAACAGAUGCAUCUUAAGCAGUGUCACUGUUUAACUAUCAUGUUUCUUAUUCAUCAAGAAAUUAACUAGACAAUAUCAUAGCUCAUAUGUACUAAGAGUGUAAGUUUUGUGUCCAGAGUAUCUGAGUUCAACUCCUUUCUCUUCAUAUUAUUAGCAGCGUAACCUAGAAUAAUAUCCCUAAAAGCUGUCUUUAUUUUCUUAAAGUAAUCUUAAUUUUAAAAGCCGCACAUACACAAGAUCAUUGUCAGAAGAUAAAUGCUAUCACAUAGAGAGUGUCUAAGUGUCUCAACUUAAUAAUAAACACUUUAUCUAUUAAUUAAUGAAAACUAUGACUUUUCUCUCAGUGUCUCAUUCAACAGAUUUUUGUCUCUUGGAACACAAGGGUUCUCUCUACUAAUAUCUAAUUUUUCAUAUCCUAGGUACCUCUUUGUUGUUGUUAAGACUACUCUAGCUUUUCUGUCAUAGAAAAUAUGUACAUAUGUGUGUGUGGGAUCACAGUUAAAAUUUUAUUAUGAUUUUGAUGUUACUACAUUCAGGCUCUUAUAAAGCAACUAUAUGGAAUCCAGUUCCUCACUCACAAAAAGAUUAUACAGAAUUUACGUAAUUACUAUUGUGAAUAUGAAAUUGUAAAAUCUUUUUAAUAAGUUCUGUAACUCCUAGGACAAAAGUGGUAGUAAAAUUUGUCAUAUAUUCAUUCUGAUUCCCUCUCACUGUGACUGAAAUAAAUCAUUUUCAGAAUA